GGAGCUGUGGGAGGGGAUUUCUAUAAGCAGAGGAUCUUUCCAGGCAUGCCAAAACCCCUCAUUUUGGCUGCAGACAGAGGAAGGACAAUUGUCCCAAAUUGGAAGAGGAAACCCCUGGAGGGCAGGUUCUGCAUCCCCUCCUCACCCCACUGCCCAGCCAGCCCCAGGCUGAGCAGCCCAAGGGACUGGGACCCUGCACUGGUCUGUGCUACAUCUCCUGGGGACAAGCCUCUGUCCCUGCCAGGCUGCCCAGAGACAAACCUGGCACUGGUGUCCAGCUAGGGCAGGGGGAUGACAGGGAGGAACACCAGGAAGGGGGCAGUAGCAGCCUCCCCCAUGCUGCCAUUCAGACUCUGAGCUGUGAGUGUCCUUGUGUGCCAUGGAAUCAGCUGGGACACAUCCUGGUCCCAGCAGUGUCCCCAUACGCCAGGGCAGGGCACCGCUGGGGACCAGCUUUGCCCUCGAAUGUGCUGGAGCUGGGCACACUGUGGGGGUUGGUGGCUGCAAGCCCUCCAGGUAGUUGGUGGCCUCGGGCAGCAGCAGCAUCUCCAGACCCCCAUAUGAGCCUGGAGCUCCAAGGCCCAUCUCCACUUCCUUCGGCAGGAGGAAACAAGGGCACUUGCGCCAUACGGCUGAGGGGUGAUGCAAGACCAGAUGCUGGCAGGGAGCAGGAUGGGCACUCUGUGUGCCAGGGCAGGCAGUGGGAUGCCCUGGGGAUGGAUGAGGUGGGAAGGCUCCUCCCAGCACCUCCUUGGCUCAUUCCCUCCAGAGAUCCCAUCAGGGCGGACCACACUGGGAAGAGGGUCUGUCCCGUGGCUGACUCUUUGCCCCCUGUCCCCUGGUGCUCCACAUGGACAUCAGUCAGUGGACAGCUCCAAGGGGGUCAAAUUGACCCUUGACAAGUGUCCCUCCCCCCGAGAGGUCCUGCAUGGUGUCACAGCAGCAGCCCCAGCACCCCUCUGAGGGCCCAGCAUGGCCUCAUGCUCAAGCAGAUGGCAGGAGCACAGCAGUGCUCAGCUGAACCAAUGUUUCAGCCAGGUUGGUUUUUUUCCUGGGAAAAGGCCUGCACUUUGCUCCAGGGUGCUGUCUGGGAAUAGGGUUUUACUGCAAGCUAUAUAAUAGGGGUUUACUGCAAGCUAUAUAAUAGGGUUUUACUGCAAGCCACUAAAUCACAGGGAAGCGUUCUUUCCAGUUCUGCCUGUGCCCAGCAGCUCAGAACAGGGACACUGCUGGGGCUGGGGAGGGUCCCACAAGUCCUGCUGGGGUCAGGGACAGUGUCCCAGAUGUGGCUCCUGGACUGCUGGAGAGGGGCUGGUGUGCCCCGGGGCAGGGCAGCAUUCCAUGGGACUCUUGGAGACUCAUGGGUGAGAGUUUUAUCCUAGAUAUGGGAUAUUUCCUGAGGUGCUUGGAGACCUGUGUGUGGGAGUCUUGUCCUAGACAUGGGACAUUUCCUGGGACACCAUGUGGGGCAGCUCCCUGGAUGAUGAGGGGUUGCAGCCGAGGGCUGUGUGUGUGCCAUAUCCCCCGUGGGGAAGUGGGGAGAGGAGACGGGGGUGAAUGGUGGGUGCUGGGUGCCACCAACCCAAUUAUGUCCCAGAGGACACUUUUUCAGCAGGGCAGGCCAUGGUUUUCUGUGAAUCCCUCACGCAGAGCUGUGCGGGGUGGGCACCGCGGGGUCACAGGGCUGUCACCGUGUCGGGUGGCCCUGGUAGAGCUCAGCGCCUGCCAGUCAGAGCCUGCAAGCCAACCCCCAAAUGAGGAAGCAUCUCGUGUCCGCGGCGGGUCCGGAGCGCGGUGCGGGGCAGAUGGAGAAGUCCUGAUGGCAGAGGCGAGGGAGCAGCCCAGCCCCGUGCCCCGCUGGCACCGCGCUCCAGAUCUCUUCUUCAGCCACCGAACAGCCCCAUCGCAGACACAACUGGGCUACCAGGAGCCGUCCUGCUUCUUGCCCAUGGCUGAGCCCCUGUUUGAUGCCGGGGAGUCCCUGAUGGGUGCAAGGGGGCUGCCUGCAAGCCCUGAGGCCCCACUGUCACCCGGCACCCUCCUCCAGCCCAGCAGUGCCUCCCAGCUCAGCCUGCACAGCGCCUUCCUGGGCCCCGAGCUGCCCCCGGCCCCCCUGCCCCCCGAGCCCCCCUCUGCAGUGCCCAGCAGCUUCAGCCCCCAGCUCCGACACAAGCUCCCGCUGCAGUAUGACCUCCCCACCAAGUGCCUCAGCCUGGAGCCACCAGGACCCCACUACAUCCCCCCCAUCCUGUCCCCUGGGGCACCACUACCGAGCCCAGACUCCCCCUUCUCCCCCGCCUCGGCCCCCCGCUCCAAGUUCCCCUACGCCAGCUCCCCCGGUCCCUCUCUCCUCACCCACCCUGCCUCCCCCCUCUCAACCCCCUGCUUCACCCCCCACACCCCGGGGCUGGGCUACCCCACGGGCAUGGUGCCCCCGGGGUACCCCGGCCCUGCUGCCCCCCAGCUCCUGCCCCCUGCCCUGCUGGGCGACCCCAGGUUUGCCCCCCCCAAGGGGCUGCCCCAGGGUGGGGGGGGGCGGCCCAAGGCAAAGCCUGGUGGCACCAAGGCGAGGAGGCUGCCAGGACCCGCCGUGCCCCACUUGCCUGUGUCCAACCCCUGCCUGAGCCAGCUGCUGACCGCAGCCAAGCAGGACCCAGCCCUGGAUGCCCCUCGCCCGAUGGGUGCAGGACUCAUGCCCAUGGCCCCUGUCUCCCCGCAGCAGAGCACUGUUCCCGAAGUCCCUGCCACCUUCCUCUCUAGAAUGGCCCAGCUGAGUCCAGGACUGGCUCCUGGCUCCAGCCCUUCCCCAGUGGUGCCGGUGCCGCUGGCAGGCAUGCAACCGGGCUCCCUGAGAGUCCCCAAGGCAGAGCAGCUGUCUCCCACCUCAGCUUGUGACAGCAACUGGUGCAAACCCAGCCAGGGUUCUCCAGGACCCACUGCAGGGCUGGGCACUGGCACCUCCGUGCACCACCCCGUGUCCCGUCGGGGCAGGCCUGAGUCCAACAAGCUGGAGAGCCGCCGCAUCACGCACAUCUCCGCCGAGCAGAAGAGGCGCUUCAACAUCAAGCUGGGCUUCACCACGCUGCACAGCCUGGUGAGCACGCUGAGCACCCAGCCCAGCAUCAAGGUCAGCAAGGCCACCACCCUGCAGAAGACAGCUGAGUACAUCUGCAAGCUGCAGCAGGAGCGGGCGGCUCUGCAGGAUGAGGCACAGCGGCUGCGGGAGCAGAUUGAGGAGCUCAACAGCUCCAUCAACCUGUGCCAGGAGCAGCUGCCGGCCACGGGGGUGCCCAUCACGCGCCAGCGCUUCGACCACAUGCGCGGCAUGUUCGACGAGUACGUCCGCUCCUCCACACUGCAGAACUGGAAGUUCUGGAUCUUCAGUAUCAUCAUGCGGCCCCUCUUUGAGUCCUUCAAUGGGAUGGUGUCCACGGCAAGCAUGGAGAGUCUCACCCAGACAUCCCUGGCCUGGCUGGACCAGCACUGCUCCCUCCCAGCACUUCGGCCAACCGUCCUGAGCUCCCUGCGGCAGCUGAGCGUCUCCACUUCCAUCCUCAGCGACCCUGCCCGUGUCCCCGAGCAGGCGGCGCGGGCGGUGGCGGCGCUGGGACGCGGCGCCUCCUCCUCCUCCUCCUGACUGCCCCAGGAGGGCGGCCCGGGGGCUCCGGGGGUCCCAGCCGGGGCUGCGAGGGGGCUGUCCCCAUCUUCCCCCCCGAUAAAGGACUCGCUGUGCCACGGA